UUUCGCCCUAUAAAUACGGCAGCUCUAGAGCACUCACAAACCAACCAAGUACCUGAACCGAGCUAGCAGCUGGCAAGCAUCUCGAAGAUGGCUACCACCAAGCAUUUGGCCAUUGCCGUUCUUGUCCUCCUUAGCAUAGGCACGAGCACCAGCGCUCGAAUCCUCCUGGGAUACGGUCCUCGCGGAGGAGGCGGUGGCGGAGGCAGCGGUGGAGGUGGUGGUGCUGGCUAUGGUGGAUCAGGGUCUGGUUCUGGGUACGGCGAGGGUGGUGGAAGUGGAGGAGGUAUUAGCGGUGGUGGAUACGGCCAUGGUGGUGGCGGUGGAGGCGGUGGAGGUGAGGGCGGAGGCGCCGGUUCUGGGUAUGGGUCUGGGGAGGGCUCUGGGUACGGGAGCGGCGCCGGCGGGUACGGUGGCGGCAGUGGCGGAGGAGGCGGUGGCGGCCAAGGUGGCGGUGGUUCAGGCUAUGGGCAUGGGUCCGGUGAGGGUUCUGGCUAUGGCGGUGGUGCUAGUGGUGGUGGUGGCCACGGAGGUGGUGGCGGUGGCGGACAAGGUGGUGGGUCUGGCGGGUGCUCAGGCUACGGUUCCGGGUCUGGCAGUGGAUAUGGUGGAGCGUAUGGAGGCGGCGGCGGCGGCGGUGGCGGCGGAGGUGGUCAAGGUGGAGGCUCUGGCUAUGGCUCCGGGUCUGGCUCUGGAUACGGUUAUGGCUCCGGCGGUGGCUUCGGAAAUGGACGCCACUGAUCUCACUUUCAUGGAAAGCUCAAGUAUUCAAGAGUAUAUAGUUAAAAUUCUUCCCGUGAGUGACAGUGAUGAGCUUGUUGUUCACUGAUCUACUACUACUGAAGAUACAAGUUUGAGUGUAAUAUUGUACUCUGGUGGUGGUUUCUGCUUUACUUAUUUGGUGAAGUCCAGUAAAUAAGCGAUCUUUACAAAGAGAUCAUCAUACUCCUGUAUCCAUUAAUUUCUACAACCCGGAUGAUUGACAGAUCAUAUAACAUACAGUUCCUGAAGAAGGAUCAGAGAAACCA